AUGAUGAAAACUCUUCUAAUCGUUUCGUGUUGUUUUGUUAGCCUAACAUUGGCAAUUGGACGAACUCAAAGUGUUGGAGUUCGAGGACAAUUAAUCUGUGAGGAUAAACCAGCAGCCGGUGUGAAGAUCAAGAUUUAUGAUGAGGAUAAAUGUAAGUUUUUUUUUUGUUUUGAAAAAUAUUUGCAUAACUUAUAAGUGACUGCAUUUAUCCCAUAUUUUUUGUAGUAUCUCCUGAUGAGUUGAUGGUUGCUGGAAAAACUGAUUCAAGCGGAAAAUUCGAUCUCAAAGGCAGUGCUGAUGAAUUCACUUCAAUCGAACCAAAAAUCAAUAUCUACCACGAUUGCGACGAUGGAAUUAAACCAUGUCAAAGAAAAAUCACAAUCUAUAUUCCAUCUCAAUAUAUUUCAAGUGGAAAAGAGCCAAAGAAGAUUUUCGAUUUCGGAACAUUGCAAUUGGCUGGAAAAUUCAGUGGAGAGACUAGAGAUUGUUUGAAUUGA